GCAUCUUAUUUUUAUAAAAUGUCAAAGGUCAAGCAGUUAGAGGAAACAUCAACCCCAGCCACUGCUCUAGAACCCGACGCCAACCCCAACAUCAGCUCCUCCACCUCUGAGUCUCCAGUAAACGCCGCCGCCCCCACCGACCCUGCCAACAUGGCCGACCUCCCUACGGACGACAGCAAGUUCCUCUUCCUGGAAAACGACUUCCGUAACAGCGGCGUGGCUCAGGCCGACUGGGCGGCCAAGAAGAUGGUGUGGAUCCCAUCGGAGAGGGAGGGAUUCGAACCCGCAAGCAUCAAGGAGGAGAAGGGAGAGCAGGUUCUGGUGGAGCGCUCCAACGGACAGAAGGUGACGGUGAGCAAAGAUGACAUCCAGAAGAUGAACCCGCCCAAGUUCAGCAAGGUGGAGGACAUGGCCGCGCUCACGUUCCUCAACGAAGCGUCCGUCCUGCAAAACCUGCGAGAGAGAUACUUCUCCAGCCUGAUCUACACGUACUCGGGUCUGUUCUGUGUGGUGGUGAAUCCCUACAAGAUGCUGCCAAUAUACUCAGAAAAGAUCAUCGAGAUGUACAAGGGCAAGAAACGCCACGAGGUGCCGCCGCACAUCUACUCCAUCACGGACAACGCCUACAGGAACAUGCUGCAGGAUCGUGAGGAUCAGUCGAUUCUCUGCACUGGCGAAUCUGGAGCCGGGAAGACGGAGAACACCAAGAAGGUGAUUCAGUACCUGGCUGUCGUCGCCUCGUCUCAUAAAGGCAAGAAAGACGUGAACCCUGAGUCAGUUGCUGCAGCUGUUGCCAAGCAGCAGCAGUCAGGAUCUCUGGCCUAUGGGGAGCUAGAGAAGCAGCUGCUGCAGGCUAAUCCCAUCCUGGAGGCUUUUGGAAACGCCAAGACCAUCAAGAACGACAACUCCUCCAGAUUCGGGAAAUUCAUCAAACUAAACUUUGACGUGACCGGCUUCCUCGUGGGGGCCAACAUUGACACCUACCUGCUGGAGAAGUCGCGCUGCAUUCGUCAGGCCAACACAGAGAGAGCCUUCCACAUCUUCUACUACAUGGUGUCCGGAGCGAAAGACAAGAUAAGGGAGGAGCUGCUGCUGGAGGGCUUCAGCAGCUACCGUUUCCUGGUAGCGGGUCACGUGGAGGUUCCCGGUCAGCAGGAUGACGAGCUUUUCGACGAGACUCUGGAAGCGAUGGAGAUCAUGGGCUUCACAGAGGAGGAGAGAUUAGGGAUGCUGAAGGUGGUCUCCACCGUCCUCCAGCUGGGAAACGUCAAGUUUGAGAAGGAGAGGAACAGCGAGCAGGCCACCAUGCCCGACAACACCGCGGCUCAGAAGGUGUGCCACCUGCAGGGCAUCAACGUGACCGACUUCACCCGCGCCAUCCUGACGCCCAGAAUCAAGGUGGGGCGGGAGGUGGUGCAGAAGGCCCAGACCAAGCAGCAGGCUGAUUUUGCAGUGGAGGCACUGGCCAAGGCCAUGUACGACCGCUUGUUCCGCUGGAUCCUCGCCAGAGUCAACAAGACGCUGGACAAGAGCAAGAGACAGUCGUCCUCCUUCCUGGGAAUCCUGGACAUCGCUGGCUUCGAGAUCUUUGAGGACAACUCGUUCGAGCAACUCUGCAUCAACUACACCAACGAGCGUCUGCAGCAGCUCUUCAACCACACCAUGUUCAUCCUGGAGCAGGAGGAGUACAAGAGGGAGGGCAUUGAGUGGAACUUCAUCGACUUCGGCCUGGACCUGCAGCCCUGCAUCGAGCUCAUCGAGAGGCCGAACAAUCCCCCUGGCAUCCUGGCGCUGCUGGAUGAGGAGUGCUGGUUCCCGAAAGCCACCGAUCAGUCGUUCGUGGACAAACUGCUGAACACCCACACGGGUCACGUGAAGUUCUCCAAACCCAAACAGCACAAGGAUAAGCUGAUGUUCUCGGUGCUUCACUACGCUGGAAAGGUGGAUUAUAACGCAGCCAACUGGCUGACGAAGAACAUGGACCCCCUGAAUGACAACGUGACGGCUCUGCUCAACAACUCCUCCAGCGGCUUCAUCCAGGACCUCUGGAAAGACGUGGACCGAGUGGUGGGCCUGGACACCAUCACCAAGAUGUCGGAGAGUUCUGCUCCCAGCUCCACCAAGUCCAAGAAGGGGAUGUUUCGCACGGUGGGUCAGCUGUACAAGGAGUCUCUGGGGAAGCUGAUGACCACGCUGCACAACACGCAGCCCAACUUCGUCCGCUGCAUCAUCCCCAACCACGAGAAGAGGGCCGGGAAGAUGGACGCCCACCUGGUUCUGGAGCAGCUCAGGUGUAACGGCGUGCUGGAGGGCAUUCGGAUCUGCAGGCAGGGAUUUCCAAACCGCAUCGUUUUCCAGGAGUUCAGACAGAGGUAUGAGAUCCUGGCUGCCAACGCCAUCCCUAAGGGCUUCAUGGAUGGAAAGCAGGCCUGCUGCCUGAUGGUGAAGCACCUGGAUCUGGACCCGAACCUGUACCGCAUCGGUCAGAGUAAAAUGUUCUUCAGGACGGGAGUUCUGGCUCAGCUGGAGGAAGAGCGAGACCUCAAGCUGACCGUCGUCAUCAUCGCCUUCCAGGCACAAGCACGAGGCUUUCUGGGGCGAAAAGCGUUUAGUAAACGUCAGCAGCAGCUGACGGCCAUGAAGGUCAUCCAGAGGAACUGCGCUUGCUACCUCAAACUGAAGAACUGGCAGUGGUGGCGGCUGUUCACCAAGGUGAAGCCGCUGCUGCAGGUGACCAGACAGGAAGAGGAAAUGGGCCAAAAGGAGGAGGAGCUAAAGGCGGUGCGCGAGGUGGCGGCUAAGACCGAAGCUGAGCUGAAGGAAAUCUCCCAGAAACACACCGAGCUGGCUGAGGAGCGAGCGCAGCUGGAGCUGAAGCUGCAGGCCGAGACGGAGCUGUACGCCGAGGCGGAGGAGAUGCGCGUGCGUCUGGAGGCCAAGAAGCAGGAGCUGGAGGAGGUGCUGCACGAGAUGGAGGUGCGGCUGGAGGAGGAGGAGGAGCGCAGCGUCGCCCUGCAGCAGGAGAGGAAGGACAUGGAGCAGCAGCUGCAGCUGAUGGAGGCGCACAUCGCAGAGCAGGAAGACGCUCAGCAGAAGCUCCAGCUGGAGAAAACGGCGGUGGAGGGGAAGGUGAAGAAGAUGGAGGAGGACAUCAUGCUGAUGGAGGAUCAGAACAACAAGCUGCAGAAGGAGCGAAAGCUUCUGGAGGAGCGCUUGGCUGACAUGAGCUCCAACCUGGCAGAGGAGGAGGAGAAGUCAAAGAAUCUGACCAAACUCAAGGCCAAACAUGAGUCCAUGAUCUCCGACCUGGAAGUUCGUAUGAAAAAGGAGGAAAAGGCUCGUCAGGAUGUGGAGAAGGCAAAGAAGAAGGUGGACGCAGAGCUGGCCGACCUGCAGGAGCAAUACGCCGACCUGCAGGCGCAGCUGGCCGAGCUACGAGCUCAGCUAGCCGCUAAAGAGGACGAGCUCCAGGCUACACAGACCCGUUUGGAGGAGGAGAGCACCCAGCGCGCAACGCUGGUUAAGAAAGUUCGUGAGUUGGAAGCGUUGCUGUCGGAGCUGCAGGAGGAUCUGGAGGCGGAGCGGGCGGCGCGGGGGAAGACGGAGGCCGCGCGGCGGGACCUCGGAGAGGAGCUGAAUGCACUGCGCUCCGAGCUGGAGGACAGCCUGGAUACCACCGCUGCUCAGCAGGAGCUGCGAGCAAAACGAGAGCAGGAAGUAGCAACGCUGAAGAAAGCUAUGGAAGAUGAGGGGCGGAGCCAUGAGGCCCAGGUCCAGGAACUUCGUCAGAAACACAGUCAGGCUGUGGAGGAGCUGACCGAGCAGCUGGAGCAAGCCAAAAGGGUCAGGGCCAGUCUGGAGAAAGCCAAACAAGCCCUGGAGAAAGAGUCGGCAGACGUGAGCGCCGAGUUGAGAUCCCUCGCCAGCUCAAAGCAAGACGUGGAGCACAAGAAGAAGAAGGUGGAGGCACAGCUGAACGAUUUAAACUCCCGAUUCAACGAAAGCGAGCGGCAGAGGAAUGAGCUCGGGGAGCGAGUAUCGAAGCUGAACAUGGAGCUGGAGAGCGUGACCGGCCUGCUGAACGACGCCGAGGGGAAGAACAUCAAGCUGAGUAAAGACGUCUCCAGCCUGUCCUCUCAGCUCCAGGACGCCCAGGAGCUCCUGUCUGAGGAAACCCGUCAGAAGCUGAACCUGUGUGGACGGCUGCGUCAGCUGGAGGAGGACAGGAACGGCCUGAUGGAGCAGCUGGAGGAGGAGGCGGAGGCCAAACGCGCCGUAGAGAGACAGGUGUCCAGCCUCAACAUGCAGCUUUCUGACCACAGGAAGAAGCUGGAGGAGACGUCGGCGACGGCGGAGCUGCUGGAGGAGGGGAAGAAGCGGCUGCAGCGCGACCUGGAGGCCGCCAGCGGCGAGUACGAGGAGAAGGCGGCGGCCUACGACAAGCUGGAGAAGAGCCGCGGCCGGCUGCAGCAGGAGCUGGAGGACGUCCUGAUGGACCUGGACGCCCAGCGGCAGCUCGUCUCCAACCUGGAGAAGAAGCAGAAGAAGUUUGAUCAGAUGCUGGCCGAGGAGCGGUCGGUGUCGGCCCGGUUUGCGGAGGAGCGGGACCGGGCGGAGGCGGAGGCGAGGGAGAAGGAGACCCGGGUUCUGGCCCUGAGCCGGGCGCUGGAGGAGAAGCAGGGCGUCCUGGAGGAGGCCGAGAAGGCCGCCAAGGCCCUGCGGGCCGACAUGGAGGACCUCAUCAGCUCCAAGGACGACGCGGGGAAGAGCGUUCACGAGCUGGAGAAGGCCAAGCGCGCGCUGGAGGCCUUCGUGGAGGAGAUGAGGACGCAGAUGGAGGAGCUGGAGGACGAGCUGCAGGUGGCGGAGGAUGCCAAGCUGCGUCUGGAGGUCAACAGCCAGGCGCUGCGGGCGCAGCAUGAGCGCGAGCUGCAGGCCCGAGACGAGACGGGCGAGGAGAAGAGGAAGCAGCUCCUCCGUCAGGUGCGGGAGCUGGAGGCGGAGCUUGAGGAGGAGAGGAAGCAGCGAGGUCAGGCGUCCGGCGCCAGGAAGAAGCUCGAAGGUGAGCUGAAGGACAUGGAGGAGCAUCUGGACGCCACCAGCAGGGGGCGCGAUGAGGCGCAGAAGCAGCUCCGCAAAGUCCAGGGGCAGAUGAAGGACCUCCAGAGGGAGCUGGACGACUCCAGAGCCGCCCAGAAGGAGGCGCUGUCCACGGCCAGGGAGUCGGAGCGCAGAGCCAAGAUGGCGGAGGCGGAAAUCCUUCAGCUGCACGAGCUUCUGGCCGCGGCGGAGAGAGGCAGGAAGCAGGCAGAGACGGAGAGGGACGAGCUGUCCGAGGAGCUGUCCAGCAACUCCUCUGGAAGGUCGAUGCAGUCGGACGAAAAGCGCCGCCUGGAGACGAAGCUGUGUCAGCUGGAGGAGGAGCUGGAGGAGGAGCAGGCCAGCCUGGAGAACCUGACUGAGCGUCUGAGGAAGAGCCAGCAGCUGGUGGAGCAGCUGGGGGCGGAGCUGGUGGCGGAGAGGGCGUCGUCUCAGAGCAGAGAGGGAAGCCGGCAGCAGCUGGAGAGGCAGAACCGGGAGCUGAAGGCCAAACUGCAGGAGGCCGAGAGCCAGAGCCGCUCCAGGCUGAAGGCCGCUAGCGCCGCCCUGGAGGCCAAGCUGAGGGAGGCCGAGGAGCAGCUGGAGGCUGAGAGCAGGGAGCGUCAGGCCGCCGCCAAGAACCUGCGGCAGAAGGAGAAGAAGCUGAAGGACCUGAGCGUCCAGAUCGAGGACGAGAGGAAGCAGGCGCAGCAAUACAAGGACCAGAUGGAGAAGAGCGGCGUCCGGGUGAAGCAGCUGAAGCUCCAGCUGGAGGAGGCGGAGGAGGAGGCGCAGCGCGUGGCGGCCGCCCGCAGGAAGCUGCAGCGCGAGCUGGACGAGGCAGGCGAGGCCAACGACGCCCUCAGCAGGGAGGUGGCGGCGCUCAGGAGCAAACUGAGGCGUGGCGGAGGGGAUCUGGCGUUCAGCGCUUCUCGGAUCAGCAGCGGCGGCGGCGGUGGGAUCAGGAGCGCCACGGGUCUGAGCGGCGGUGUGACCCGGCGGGUCAAAGAAAACUCUUUGGAUCUGCAGGAAGAGGAACAUCCCUCCCCGUCUCCUCCCACAUGCUCCCCAGAUGAACGCGAUGAGGCGCACCCCUGCUGCCCUGACGAGUGAAACGACCCCACGCCUCAUUUAUUAUUAAAAUAUAUUUAUGCACUUUUCAUUUCAAGAUAAUGUGGAUUAAUGUCAGCGAUUCUAAUUUCUAUUAGAAAUUAUUCUAACCGGAGUUAAAAAUGAGAAAAAGAUGAUUUGAAAUAUGUCAUAUUUAUAGGUUGAAAAAGAAAG